AUUAUUCUUUUUGAGUUUGGCAUCAAUCCCAAAGUCCGUGACGCAUUGCUCUUCAUUUUUCAGUGACUUCUUUAAGUAAAAGCAAUAAACAAACAAAACGUUGUUUUCAUCUAUUAUAGAGAAUAGUACUAUCUUUUUUAUCAAAAGAUGGUUUUCAGUGUACAUUAUUUCCUGACAUGCAUCUGACAACAUUCUUCAAUUUGUAUUGUUUAAAUCUAGAUGAGAAUUUUGGGAUUUUUCUUUCAAAUUCAAGAAAUUGAUUCGAAGAUCUUUCAAAAGGUUAAAAAAUCUCCUUAGUGUCUGACUUUCGGAAGUGGACGCAUCUUCUGUGACGAAAAGACAUUUGCAGGCGUUUUAAUGGACUCGCAAAAAAUAAGAAAUGGGAUCCUUUCGUGGACCUUCAUGACCUCCGUUUAGUUUUCUGUCAUCUGACCGUUCCCAUUAAGAUAUCAGUUUAAAGAAAAAUGGUCGUGCACAGAGGAGCUCCCGCUGGCAUUCUGUUGCUACAGAAAUGUUGCAGCUUGGGUGAGAACAGAAGAAGAGUAUAUCAGACGAGCGUCUUAUUUCUGACGUUUCUGGCAUACACUGCUUACCACAUGUCAAGAAGACCCUUGGCUGUCGUGAAGAAUUCUCUGAAUCAGGAUUGUAGCAGACUGACUCCUCCACCAGGUACGUUACUGAAUAAUUCUACAGUCGAUAAUUGGUGUGAUUGGGCUCCUUUCGAUCAAAAAAAUGCCAACCGACUAUUAGGUGUUCUGGACUCAGUAUAUGUAUUCUCAUACGCAAUAUGCAUGUUUAUCAGUGGGAUGGCUGCAGAACGUAUAGAUUUGAGAUACUACUUAAGUAUGGGCAUGCUUUUAAGCGGACUAUUUACUUACCUCUUUGGACUCGCAUAUUAUUUAAAUAUUCAUAGUUUCACCUUUUUUAUCAUUGUUCAAAUUCUUGGAGGUGGCAUGCAGUGCACCGGAUGGCCUGGAGUUGUAUCUUGUGUAGGAAACUGGUUUGGAAAAGCUCGCCGCGGUUUAAUAUUUGGAAUCUGGAAUGCUCAUUUAUAUGUCGGAAAUAUUCUUGGAGCGUAUGUUGCCGGUCAUUUUGUGGCUCAAAAUUGGGGCUUAUCAUUUAUUAUUCCAGGAGCUAUUGUCGGUUUGGUUGGCUUCAUAAUGUUUCUUUUCCUAGUACCUCAUCCAGAAAACGUUAACUGUUCCACUACAAAUCAUCAUGCAACACCUAAAAGGCCAUCCUCUGAUGUAUUUUUUCCCAAUGGUACUGAAGUGCAUGUAAAAUGCGAUUUAAUGGUUCCUCCUGAUGGCAACAGUGUUCACGAAAAAUCUCCUUUAAAGAAUAAUUUUCCCGAUGUUCACCAUCAUAGCAAGAAGAAAGCAAUAACAUUCUGCGAUGCUCUCAAAAUUCCUGGUGUGGUUGAAUUCUCUCUUUGCCUUUUCUUUUCGAAACUAGUGAGCUAUACUUUCCUGUUCUGGCUGCCAAGAUACUUAGAUCAUACAACUGGAAUAGGAUCUCAAAGUUCCGCCUACCUCUCUAUUGCCUUUGAUGUUGGUGGAAUUCUCGGUGGAAUUGUUGCAGGUACAAUAUCUGAUCAUACAGGAGCAAGUGCGUUAACAUGUGUUGGAUUCUUAGGAUUAGCGGUACCUUCUUUGUUCAUAUAUGAAUCUUAUGGGAGUAUGAACAGAACUGUUAACAUAAUUUUGCAAAUAAUCUGUGGAGCACUAGUAAAUGGACCUUAUGCUUUAAUCACAACAGCUGUGUCAACAGAACUGGGUACACAUCCAAGCAUCAAAAGCAACUCAAAAGCUCUAUCCACAGUUACCGCCAUUAUUGACGGAACUGGUUCUGUAGGAGCAGCUAUUGGACCUCUGCUCGCUGGUUUGGUGUCUGAGAUGUCCUGGUCCUACGUAUUUUAUAUGAUGAUGUUUGCUGAUAUGUGUGCUUUGCUAUCGCUACUUAGAACUGCCUUUAAAGAAGCCAAACAGUGCUAUGGACUGCAUUUUCGAUGUGUUUUUCCUUUUUCUUGCUGUACGCCUUAUGAAGGCACAUAUGAGAGAAUUGCACGGUGAUAAUUACUUUUAUUUAAUUUAGUUUAUAAAUUUCAAAGUAUUUUUGCCGCAAUGCAUCUUUUUUGUGUAUUUGUCUUCAUGAACUGAGCAUUCAGAACUGAAUUUUUAAUAUUUCUUGUCAUCAAAUAACUUUUUGAUAAUGUUUCUAGUAUAGUUUGACUUUUUAUGAACUCGAAAAUUGUAAUCUAAAAACAUAUAUACAUGUGAUCCUACAUUUUAUUUUAUAAAGCGUGUGAAUUUUAUGUUAUUGCAUCCAUAGUUAAAUUUUGUGUAAUUAACUUUUAUUAGGUAGUUUAACCAUAACCUCAAAACAAUCUUUUUAAUCAUAACCACUUUUUAAUAUUUACGUCACCUUGAGAGGAGUAAGCGUGUAUAUUUGCAAUUCGGUUUUUAUGCAACACCAUCCAACAGUGAAGUUUUGCAGAAAUUGAAUUAUUACAUGCUUUUAUUUUCCUAUCCUUUUCCAUGGUGUUUGAUGAACAUAUAUUUUAUCAAAUGCUAAACAAAGCAGGAUUAAAGUUUUCAUUUCUCUUCUUAAAUUUAAAACAUAUUGUAUCAGAAUUGUGAAAUUAAUGACUUAUAUUAAUUGAAAUAUGACUGUUCGAGUAAAACGAGAUACCAGAAUUGCUCAAAUAAAAAUUUAAAGAGUUUCACAUUAAGAAAUUCUUGACUAUUUUCGGGAAAUGAAUUUCGAAUAUUUAUUGCAUGUGAAAUGUAGUUUUCGAUAAAUGAUAUGAUACUUCAAUUAUUUGUUGCAUUUUUUUUGUAUAUAAAACAUUUAAUCACUUCAUAAAGAUUUCCUUAAUGAGUGCAGUGGAAUACAUGUAUAAUACAUCUCAUGAAUGCUUGUAAUAUGCUUUUGUAACAUUUUAGUGAAAUUAAAACUGCAUCUGUGUAUUUAUACUUAUGAAAAUGUAUUAUCAUUUAAAUGUAAAGAUUAUAAAAUAUUUGAACGAAUGUUAUAUGUAUAAAUAUUCAUUAUCCUUUAUAGCUUCUUCAUAUAUUUGUAGUAAUAAAUUAAACAUAUUUCAUACAUUUUUUGAAUUUCAUCAAUAUAUUCAUAAAAUAGCUGCUUUUAAACAUCACAAUUGUCUGAAUAAUGAUUGUUAAGUUAAUGAUUAUUUUAUACGAAUAAAAGUAUGAGAGGAAUCUGAAAUGUAUCAAUGUUAUUACUCUUGUUUAUAUGAUAAUGUCAGUUAACAUAAGAUGUAAAAUGAUUCCAUAAGUAAAGAUAACAAUACCAAAUAUUAAUUACAAGUAUUUUUAUUAACAAGAAUACCAAUAGAAAAUUGUUUUAUGCUAAUGGUCAGAAAGCUGUGAGAGUUAUUUCUUUUUAAUUGAAGUUUCUGAAAAUUUCAGCGUUUGAGUUGUAUAAAAUGUCCUAGUAAAGUAUAAUUUAAUUUUUGGGGGUAUUUAAAACAGAAACUUUAAUUUUUUUGAAGUUAUAAAUACAAAAAUUUAUUCAUUUUAAAGAAUAAUGACUCACUGAAAGUUAUAAAAAAAUAAUAAAA